AUGGCUCUCUGGAUCCAAACAUCUGCUCUGCUCAUCGCGGUGGCUCUGUCCACCGUGGGCAGCGACGCCGCCUCCUCCCAACACCUGUGCGGGUCUCACCUGGUGGACGCGCUGUACCUGGUGUGUGGAGAACAGGGCUUCUUCUACAACCCAAAGAGAGACGUGGACCCACUCCUGGAAUUCCUGCCCCCCAAGUCCAGCCAGGACGCAGAGCUAGCAGAGUACCCCUACAAGGACAUGGAGGAGACCAUCAUGGUCCAGAGGAGCGUGGAGAGGAGAGGCAUCGUGGAGCAGUGCUGCCACAGGCCCUGCAGUGUCUUCGAGCUCCAAAACUACUGUAACUCUCUCCAAAACUGA